UUGAGUUGGGGGUCGGGGGAACAGGCUACUAGUUUGAUAUCGCAAGACAUAAGCAAUUAAGCACAGAGACAGAGAAAGAAAUUAGGGCUAGGGUUCUGAUUUGAAACAGAAACAAUGGAGGGAUUUGAUCCGACCACAAAAUCAACGCUAACUCAAAUCCCUCUCCUAUCCACCAAAGCCGGCCCUCGCGACGGCGCCGCCUGGACGCAGCGGCUGAAAGAAGAGUACAAAUCCCUAAUUGCUUACACUUCGAUGAACAAGUCUCGCGACAACGAUUGGUUCCGCAUCUCCGCCGCCAAUCCCGAGGGCACUCGCUGGACUGGUAAGUGCUGGUACGUCCAUAACCUCUUGAAAUAUGAAUUUGAUCUGCAAUUCGAUAUUCCGGUCACUUAUCCAGCUACUGCUCCCGAGCUUGAGCUUCCGCAACUCGAUGGAAAAACUCACAAGAUGUAUAGAGGAGGGAAGAUUUGUUUGACGGUGCAUUUUAAGCCGCUAUGGGCGAAGAAUUGUCCAAGAUUUGGUAUAGCCCAUGCACUUUGUUUGGGUCUAGCUCCCUGGCUUGCAGCUGAGAUUCCCAUUCUUGUUGAUUCUGGCAUGAUCAAGCACAAAGAUGAUGCUGCAUCAUCCAGUGAGUCUUAGGCAGCUAUAUGUUCUUAUGGAAAUUGAUGAAGGGAUAUUUGUUGAUCGACUCCAAGCACAUGAAAGGUUGAGAAAUUUUAAUUUACAGAUACUUGUCAAAAUAAAAGUACAGGAGGUCUUAUUCUGCCUUACAUUAGAUGUGAUCUAAAGUGUAACAUUCAACUUUUUAAAGUUGCAGAAGAUUAAAGUUGGUGGAUAUAUAUGAUAUUUCCCGAA